AGGGACGAAGACUGAGAGAUUCUCAGAGAUAAAUCGGUCACAUUACAAGGAAAUGACGAAAGUCGGAAGAUAUUAACUGAUCCCUUUCGUUAUUAUAUUCGAGAACUAAUUAGUGGUAACUAAGGUCUGAAGUUCAAUUAAUUGGAAGAAUCAAAUUAAUUUAUCGUUUUCUUCUAAUCAUCAUGAGAAUCUUGUAAAUUUCUCAUUAUUUUAAGAUUUCUAAUUAUAAAAACGAUCUUUUAAUUAUGUUUUUGCAUUUCUUUUGAUGGGGUGGAUUCGUUUCUGGUUAUUUAUUACUAGUUUUUAAGUUUCGCUUAUCAUUAUCCAAUUAACAUCAUAAGUUAUUUACUUUCUUGUGCUUGCAGUAAAAAUCAUCUAAAAUUGUUCCAAGAUGAGUGAAUCCAACGAUAAAAGUGAAUCAGAACUUUCAAAUGAAGCUUUUACUCCAGUUGAAAACGAACAAAGUGAAUUUGUGAAGCUGAAUGUUGGUGGAUUUUUAUUUCAAACAACAAUCGCUACUCUUACGAAAGUCGAUUGUAUGUUCAAAGGGAUGUUUUCAGAAGGAUUCGAGGCUAAAAAGGAUCCAGAAGGUUGGAUACUUAUUGAUAGGGAUGGAAAACAUUUUGGAAAAAUUUUGCAAUUUCUUCGAAACAUGAAAGUUACUUUACCAGAUAAUGUCGAAGAAAUUCGGGAAAUUUUAACUGAAGCUAUUUACUAUUUGAUUGAAAAGUUAACUGUUUUAUGUGAAUCAGAGUUGCGAAUAUGCAGAGAGAAAAAAAAAUGUGCAUUAAUUACAUCAAAUAAUGAAAGCGCUAUGUUUAUCAUUCGAAACUCGUUCAAACCUGUCGUUAAAUUGUACAUUUCUCAAACCAACCUGUUGGAUAAAUGCAAUACAUUGACGUCGAUAACAAAUCUUUAUAGACAUGUUAACCUUUUUGAUAAAUUGUGCAGCAAUACAGAUGGUCGAAUCGUUUAUAUCAAGAAUUUGGCUAAAGAUGAUACACGAUGUUAUUGGACAUUCUAUGAGCAUCACGGUAAACAGGUUGGCUUUAUUGAUUGCAUUUUUAACACUCUACCCCAAAUUACGGUGAGCUUCUCAGAGGGUCAAAUAUACGAAAAAGUUUUGCAAUUACUUGUAAAUGAUUAAAACAAUGGACUCUAAUUAUUUGCUUGAUUUUGAUUUUGUUUUGACCUUACUUGCAUUAAAUAAAUAUACUGUCCCGAACAGAUCAAAAU